CAUGUCGGUGUGCCAAUCGAGAGCAUGGGACGCCAAAAUAGUAACAAGUGCUUGGUGGGUCUAUGAUCAUCAAGUGAGUAAGACUGCGCCAACCGGGGAAUAUUUGACGACUGGAAGUUUUAUGAUCAGAGGCAAGAAAAAUUGGCUUCCUCCAGUCCAACUAGUUUAUGGCUUUGGUAUUCUGUUCAGAGUGGAUGAGACUAGCGUGGGCCGACAUUAUUGGGAGAGAAGACCAUGGGGUAGGGAUGGUAACCAAGAGUUGGAUGAACAGCCUCGGUUGGACAGCGUAGUGGAUGGGAGAGACGAAGGCAAGGCGGUGGAUGGUGAGGAUGAGGAUGUGCUUAAUCAGGUUGACGCGAAUGUAAAUUGCGAUGAGCCUGUCAAUGGUGCCAACAACAUAAAUGCUCAACAAUCAGAGGGACAUUAUGAAAUGACGAAGAGCGACGAUUCUCUGCUAUCCAUUCAGAUGACAAUAGAGGAUAAGUAUGGGCUAGCUGAAGUCGGAGACGAGAAUGAGCCACUCGAUGGAGCGACGAUUGAAACUUCGCUGGACGAUGGCCAACAAAGCAAGAAAUAUCUAAGUGCUAAAGAGCGACGAGAGAUGAAGAAGCAGCGUAAGGGUGCGCCUGAUUUGAACGAGUCGGAUCGGUCUUCCGAGGCAGGAUCAACAGCAUCGACAAAAGCUCGUGGUUUGAAGAGCAAGGGGAGUGCAAAGGUUGAACAACCCGAGCAGGAGAAGCAGCAAGCUAUCCGAGGUAAAAAGGGAAAGUUAAAGAAACUGAAGGACAAGUAUGCCGAUCAGGACGAGGAGGACCGUCAGCUGAUGUUAGAGAUUUUGGGGAGUAACAAGGGGCCACAACCGAAGGGCAAGAAAGCUAAAGCCCAGGCAGAGGCGGCUCGGAAGCAAGCUGCACAGCACAAGCAACAGCGAAAAUCGGAUGUACCUAGAAGGAUGCAACGGCUCGAUCAGAAUGCCGACACACGUAUUACAAAUCAGGACGUGGAAGUACACCCAGAAGACGAUGUAGCCUCUGCGGAUGAUGAUACGGCACGUGCAGCAGAUAUGGAAGAUGAGACAACACUGCCAAGCCGCCGAGGCUCAACGGCCUCAGACUCUGCCGAACUGCGACGGAUGCUCGAAGAAGAAAAUGUCGCGUUUCUCCCGGAAGAAGAAUCCAACCUUACCUUUCUCGACUCUCUCACUGGCCAGCCCCAUCCUGCUGAUAUUCUUCUUCACGCAAUUCCAGUGUGCGCACCAUGGUCCGCACUUCAGCGCUACAAAUACAAGGUUAAGCUCCUCCCAGGCAGUCUGAAAAAAGGAAAGGCAACAAAAUCUGCUGUAUCUGCAUUUGUGGCGAUAGCAACAGACGAGGAAAGUCGUGCUGUAAGUAAGCGCGGUAGAGGACGAGGUGGAGAAACGAAUAGUGUUGAAGAUAACGAUGGAGAAGAACAAAAUUCAAUUGUUGAUGCAGCAAAAAGACAAAAGGAUCUGAUAAAGGCAAUACCAGAGAUGGAAUUGAUCAAUUCGAUGCUCGGGAAAGUUAAAGUCAUGAGUGCUGUUGAUACCACCAAAAAGGGUGGUAAAGGGGGUGGGAAGAAAGGCAGAUGAGGGCGGGAUUUCAUGCAUAUGGAGUAAGAUAUAGCAUAUAAUUUGUAUUUACACGUACACACAAUCGGUAGAGGAAUAAUCAAGAAACACAAGCGAAAGACUUUCUAGAGACAUGCG